CACGCAGCAACGCUGAGCUUGCACCACCCGCUCGCAGCUGGGGACCGGGACGCCCAGCUCGUGGUCUACCCACCUCCCCGCGCCAUGGCGGCGAAAGUCUCGAAUGAGAAGAUUGUGAACAAGAUGGAAGGCUUGGGUAAGAAGGCCGCCUCGAAGGCCCUCACCCUGGCAGCAAACAAGAAGCUGGGCCAUGGAAAGGCGCAGGCUUUGAAGAUGACCUUGUCCAUACUUCUUUAUACCGCCUCAAUCGUGGGCAUCAUCAUGCUUUUCCUUGCCAUGAGCCACGUGCCACCACUCAACGAAUUCGUCAGACAUCCACCUGGACCUGUGAAGCUGGGAUUGCGCCUCAAGGAUUGUGUGGUCGAUUUGCUCAUAGGUGAUGAAGAAGGUCUUCACAUUCAUCGGACCACUGCGGACCUUGAAGUGCCAGGGAACGUGGUUGUGACCGAUAUCUCUGCCUCCGAGUUCAUCAUUGGUUGUGCCGGGCCAUCCAAUGAAGAGGGCGACUUCGAGACCUUGCAAGUGGAGAUCGGCCCAGAUAUCGUCAUUGGCGCGGUUGAUGUCUCCUUCGAAAGCGAGGGAGGCGCUGUACGUGCGAAAGGCGUAGAGGUCCGUGACAAGUUCUCCGCGCGGGGACGAGUGGGCAUUGUGCAGCUGGAUGGCGACAACUCUUCGGAAGUCGAAAUUCAACUGGAUGUAGGAUAUGUUGGCCUCGUGAAUAGCCAGUUCGAGAGAGCAACACUUAUCUUUGGUGAAGAGGUUGAUGUGUACUUUUGGCAAUAUUCCUCACAGCAAGGCGUGCAGGUGACGAUCGACACCACUGAGAGUGAGAAUGCCACUGGUGGGCUGUGUGUUUCUGAUAACACCACUACUCCGGUGCUGUCACAGGAUGUGGAGGGUGAUGCUCACUUCACCCUGGGAGUGCCUCCUUAUAGGCACAUUAACGUGACACGGAAGAAUGGCAACAAUGCAAUGAUCUUCAGCCAUGGUGUGUGGAUUAGCGACCGAAAUUGCUUGAAUUCCUUUGACACCUUUGGCAGUGCGUUCAAUCCCGCACCAACUCUCGGGGAGGGCUUCAAAGAAUGGGCGAAGCAGGCUUAUGAUGCUGGCAUGGAGAUCAUGAACCUGUGGCUGGUGGGCGCUACGUUGGGGCAAGAUGCACAAUCCAUCGACUCAACAGGGUCGUGGGUCUUCACUACCACUGGCAGCGGCCUCAUUUGGUUUCCAAUGAGAAGUUGGAAGAUUUUCACCCUGGGCAUCAUGGAGCCCCGAGCUGUCCGUGGCAUGGCUCUCGUGCGGGACAAGACCUGCUUGUCCAACUACGCCAAGCUGGUGCAAGGCAAGCCUGGCUGUCGGCCAAGCCAGAUCUCAGAGCAAGCCGUCAUCAGCGAUCUCAAGCAGACUUCGGCCAUGGCAAUCAGAAAGAGCUUGCCUCUUCAGCUGAACCUCACCAACGCUCCGAACAGCCGAAUUUAUUAUGUCCAAGAUGUUCCCGUGCAAGCUUUUGGAUGGCCUUCCAUUGCUGAUGGUCGAGUCUCUAUCUUGGCCACCAAAACAGGCGGCUUUGUGAAGGAUGUCAUCUCCAACCGUGGCUACUUUCAUGGCUUUGUAGGAUACAUCUUCAUUUCUGCGUUGUUCUUCUUGCCGUUUGUUGGAGGGGCAUUUGCCUGUGCACUCGUCGUAAUGCUGUAUCGGAUGGAGAAGCGCCGCUACCUCCGGGCACGGGGCACGGAGAAGCCCAAGAAGCCGAAGAAGAGUGCCGAGGCUUGGGGCGAGAGCGACGUAGAGCUGGAUUCCAAGGAAGAACGACGGGCACGGAGCAAGAAGUCCAUUUACUCCCAGAAGUUCAGCGCGGACGUGGCCGAAGAAAUCCUGGAGUAUUUGGAUGCAGAGGCCAAGAGCAACCUCCUGCUGACCAUUGUACGCUGCUUGAUCCUCCGUUCACCUGCCGGGGGAAAAGAACUCUCAGUCAAGGAGCUGUGCGAGAUGGUGUUCGGGCAUUUCAUGGUGAUGCAGCUGUUGGUGGUGCCCUUUGUGUUGCUCUCAGUCUUGAUGUUGGAGAAUCUGGGUGCUGCCAGAGCUAUGUGUGGUCACAAUGCCUGGGUGGCGGGGAGAUGCAUCAACCGCAAGAUGAUUGAUUGGUCUACCGUUCUGAUUGUGCUGGCGGUUGUUAUCGAUAGCUUCUUCUUUCUGAACUCCAUUUUGGAGUACACCACACGCUACGCCUUGGAUAUGCUGGAAAGUACCGGAUCAGCUCCGAAGUGCUUCAAAAGGAUGAUGCACAUCCGAGCCAGCAAAUUCUACUCAAAGACGCUCUCGGCAGUCAUGGGCUUUGCCCUCUUUGUGUUUUGCGCUUACUUCAUUUUGGUAUGCUUGUUCAUUCUGCUGGGGACCCUCCUCCACCCGUCCCAGCUGGCUCCGGUUCUUUUGGCCAUUGGUGGCGCCGCGGUGGUCGGGCAGCAGAUCACCAUGAAGUUCAAAGAGAUGGUCGAGAAGGCCAAGAAAAUCGCCGCUGACCUGCUGAAGCAGGCUGAAGGCUUCUUGAAGGAUGGGGAGUCCAUGGUGAAGGGCGUGGCUGGUGAUGCGCUCAAGCAUUUGGACAAGAUCCCUGGUGGGAACAAAGUCUCUGGGAUGUUGGACAAGAUGCCGGAUCUCUCUGUGGAGCAACUGAUUGAGCAAGGCAAAGAACAGAUGAUCCAGGCUCUUGACAAGGUGGAGAACGUGGAGGAUGUGGCUCGGAUGUUGCACGGCCUGGCACAGAGUGCCUCUCAAAUGGUCCAGGGUGUGGCUGCACAAAACGUCGGUGACGUCUCCCGGAUGCUCACGACGCUGGGGCGUAGCAACAAGGGCGCCGCCGGGCAGAUGCUACAGGCAGCAUUGGUGAACCACCGCGAGAGCGCUUUGAAGAUGGUCCAAGAGAUGGCGGCACGUGAUCCCUCCAUGGCUGCAGGGAUUUUGACCUCCAUCCCAGGUGCUGACACUGUGAUGUCCAUGGUCGAAGAGCUCCCACCUGAAGUGCAGGGACCAUUGCGAGAGGCGCUGGGCUCUGCCUUUCCAAGCGGCCUGGACUCAGCUAUGGACUCAGAGAUGAAGGCCUCGCCUGGGCUCAGCUUGGACGAAGCCAACAUGACGGACAUCGUGGAGAAUCUGCAGGGCUUGGCGACCAGCAAUCCAGAUGCUGCCUCCCAACUGCUGCAGGCAGUGGUCGCAUCCUCCCCUGCCAGUGGGUCGGAGAUGAUGCAAAAAAUGGCUUCGAUGAGCCCUGCUAGCGCAGUGGCCAUGGUCAAGGGCCUAGCUGCCGGGAAUCCGACACAAGCCAUCCAACUCCUGGAAUUGUUGGCAGAUACGAAAGAAGCGGAGCAACUGCAAGACCUUCUCAAGGAUGCGGGGCUCCCGGUGAAUGCCGCACAGAUCCGGAUGGCCAAGGAGAUGUUGGAAAAACUGAUGCAAGGCAACUUCAAUCCAAUGGACGCUUUGAAGAGUGCAGUGGGACAAGAGCAGGAGAAGCUCGAAGUUGAAAUCGCCAUUGUUGAGGAUGUGCAGAAAGCUGUUGAUGAUAUGGGCACAACUGUUGACAAGGCUGAAGAGGAGAAGGAGGACUUUGAUGAGAAUAUCCUGAUGAUGCUAGGACCCCGUUUGUUUGGUGUAAGGAGCUUUCAGCAGCGUUCGGUUUGCUUCACUCUCGCGAUCAAUUGCUUGUUUGCUGUUGACUUGCCCCGAUGGGGGUGGAGAAAAAGGCAGCUCCCCAAUCGGCCAGGACUCUCCAAAGGUCAAUUGAUUUUGCUGAACAUUCAGGCGGUCUUGAUCUUCCUCUUUUGGGUGAGCUUCAUGUUGAUGGGCGCCUACCUUUUCCUCGGCAGCGAGGCCCUGCUGCCUCAGCUGGUGGCGAACGUCUCGGCGGUGGGUUCUGCUGUGACGAUGAUCCGCUCUAAGAGCAAUGAACUGAAAUCAGGUGAUUUGAAAGCCAUUCAGAGUACUAUGCAGGGUGCUGCCUCCAAACUACAAGAGAAGCCAGAGCUAGAGAAGAAGACGCAAUGAAGCGGGCUGUUUCUUCGCCCGGCGUUUUCGGGACCGAAGUGCGUCAUGAGAUCCCCGGUCCACCGGAGGAUCAGAUCGUUUCAGAUGUUUUUGGACUUGAAAAGGUUUGGAGAUUUGCUUUGUCGCGGACGGAACCGAC